UGCCCCUUGAUUAGAUCCCACCAUGGCAGAUCCAGAUCUUGAUUUCACCAGCGGAGACGCCGGGGCCUCUGUGACGUACCCGCAGCAGUGCAGCGCCCUGCGCAAAAACGGCUUCGUGGUCCUGAAGGGUCGUCCCUGCAAAAUCGUCGAGAUGUCCACUUCCAAGACCGGAAAGCACGGCCACGCUAAGGUUCACCUGGUUGGUAUCGACAUUUUCACUAAUAAGAAGUAUGAAGAUAUUUGUCCCUCCACCCACAACAUGGACGUCCCCAACAUAAAGAGAAACGACUUCCAGCUGGUGGACAUUAACGAGGGCUUCCUGUCUCUCAUGAUGGACAACGGUGAUGUGCGCGAGGACCUGCGUGUUCCUGAGGGUGACCUGGGCAAGGAGAUCGAAUCCAAACACGGCGCUGGUGAAGACAUGAUGAUUACCGUGCUCUCAGCAAUGGGUGAAGAGGCCGCAGUCGGCAUCAAGGCCUUUACCAAAUAGGAAGAGCGCGGGCGAGCGAGAGAGAGAGAGAGAGAGAGAGAGAGAGACUGGGCUGCUCAGGCUGCAACAUGCACCACAUUAAAAUCUCCUGCUUUUUGGUUUUGUUUCUUCACCAAAGCUCUGGCCUUCACACACAACCUCACAACUCUUCUGGUGGUUUUUUUUUUUCCUUUUAAAUAAUCCCUGUUCCUCGUUCCAGUUACUCUGCUGGAUGUUUUUUUUUUUUUUUUUUUUUUUUUAGGUUGUUUUGGCAUUCUCACAGAUCAGAUUUAUUUUUAGGUUCUUUUAGAUUAUUAUUUUUCAUUCCACUAUGAUUUGCCUUCAUGAUGUUUGUCAGGCCACUUACAUUCCUGAGUGUUAAAACGGGAUCCAUUUGCCAUAUGUAUAAAAUCUCACACACACACAGAUAAACACACACACACACACACACACAUCAUUACUUUGCAGAAUUGAUGCCUUUCAGUGGAAUAUGUGCACAAUGCGUUUUAAAGAAGGGGAAGAAACGGCCCUCGCUGACACUCACCAAUUUUUAUUCCCCUCACUGCCUUAAGGGUGCCAUAACUUUCUUUUUUUUCCUUUGUUUUUUUUUUUUAUAAACAUGGUUGGUUCUGUAUCUGUACUAAGGUCAGCUCUCUCGGUUGAUGCCUUUACCCAAAGUGAGAUGCAAGUGUCCUGGUAGUUAGCACUUUGUAGUACUUGGAGUACUUUGAGUACUACUCGAAACACUUUUUUUUUUGUUUGUUUGUUUUUUUUUUAGUAAAAUCACUAAGACAGAAAUAAACUUCAGUGGAAUUUAUAAGCGCCGGUCUCCAUUGUGACGUGGACAGAAGGAUGUGAUGGCCAUGUGCAAGUACCUCUGUAACGCAAUAGCAGCCUGGUUCCGGCUGUCAGACCUUAAAUAAAGUGUUGAAGCCUG